GUUCUUUUCUUUAGGCUAUACUGGAUAAACAAUAGCUUUCACGUAACAGACUGUAAUCAUUAUCAUUAAAUUGAUUUUUGAUCAUAAGAAUCUUUAACUAAACUACUAAUGAGGUUGUCUAACUGGGUCCAAUGGUUUUAAUGGGGAGUGCCGUGGCUCAAACAGGAGGUCUGGUUGGAGAGUCGCCGGAAGCAGCAGGUUGGAGGACAACAGACAGGCCAGCAUCGGAGUUUGAUCCUCUGAGAUUAUUAUAAGCCACAUCUUUAUGCUUUUUUAUUAUCUCUUUGUUAUUUCUACCUGGUAAACCCCACAAUGGCUUUGACCCAGGAGUCCGUCUUGUCUUUUUUACUGGACCGCGGAGGCAAAGUGAGGAACUCGGAGCUGGUGAACCAUUUUAAAAGCCUGAUCAGCGGCGGCGGCGAUCCCGCGGAAAAGCAGCACAAUAGAGAGCUGUUCAAGAGGCUGGUGAACAGCGUGGCGGUGGUCCGGCAGCUCGACGACGUGAAGUUCGUGGUUGUGAAGAAAAGGUACCAGGACUUUGUGAAAGAAGACGCAGAAGGUGACGCUCAGAACGCGCAGAUGGAUGAAAGCUUUGCGCGCACACCUCCUGUCCGAGUCCCAGCCGAGCCAGACAGGAGGACAACAAAGGAGGAUAACAAUAAAGGCAGGGUGGAGGAGAGCAGAUCUCUGUCGGAUUCAACCGCUCUGAGAGUCCUGAGUUUGUCCGGAGAGCAGCCGUGCGGGGCAGGUAAAUCUGGAGCUGUGUUCGCUGUCAUAGCAGUCCAAUCCCCCGGGAGAGACUCUGCUCCAGCCUCGAACAAAACAGACACACAACAAGCUCCGCAAACAGCCAACUGCUCAUGCAAGGUGGGUUCGUUUAAAACAUCUCAGAGUUGGGAAAGCAAACGGUCAGAGGGAGUGAUGAACCCCCCAGGCUCUCAUCUGGUGAGGCCACAAAGCAAAACAAGAGCAGCAGAUGAAGCCAGUAAAUACUCCGAGUCUGUGCCUCUGGACCCUUUGGCUCACGAGUGGCUGGUGAAGUGUGCUGCAGGGCUGUGGGGACAAAUCUACGCUCUGAUGCUGAGGGACACGCGCUUAGUCCAGAGGAAGGACUUCAUGUCAGGGUUCACAGCCCUGCACUGGGCCGCCAAGGCUGGCAAUAGAGACAUGGUCCUAAAACUCAUGGAGAUCUCCAACAGAAAGGACACUCGUGUGAACGUCAACAGCAAAUCCCACGGAGGAUACACGCCUCUGCACAUCGCAGCCAUGCAUGGCCACGAUGAGGUGAUGGUGCUACUCGUGCAGCACUAUGGAGCCAAUGUAAACGAAAGAGACAACAACGGCAAGAAGGCCUUCCACUAUCUGCAGAAAGGUGCUUCUGCUGAGGUCAGAGGGCUUCUGGGUGGACUGGUGAGGGAGAGGACGGAGGAUGAGGACAACAAAGAGCACCCCAAAGGCUUCAACACCAUCAGUAAACUCUUCAAUCCUCACCCAGGGAGGAAACACAAGAAUAUUAAGUUUGCACAUGAGUGGUAAAAUAACAAGGGAAAGGUGUAAAUAUAACAGCUCACAGUGUAUCACUGUUACAUGAGUUAUAGUUUAAUAUCAGCAAAUGUCUUUCUCUAUACAAAUACACCAGGAAUCAGAUAUUUAACUUCCUUGUGUCGUUAAUCCACAAAUUUAAAUAUCUGUGGUUUUAAAUUUAAAUAUCUGAAAUUGAAUUCACAAAUAAAAAGAAACAAUACAAAUGUGUUUUACAUUUAGGGUCAGGUAGGCAAAGCAGGAGGACAUCUGGCUGAUUGUUUCCUUUAUCGGUUACUUUUUCAACUUGAAGCUGUGAAAGAUGAGAAAAGCCUCCUUCUGAGGGACUAAAUGGACAUUUACCCUAAAGCUCGAGUCUUCUUGGGAGACACAAACUCUUAUUUCCUUGAAUUAAAGUCCUUGAGAAAGUGCAGAUGAUAUUCAGAACAUCUGUGAUUGUGGAAAACGUGUUUAAAUGACAUCUGAGUCAAUAACAAUAAAAAAGGAAAGAUUUCCAUCCUACAUUUUA